GGCCAAUAGGAGGCGGCGGAGAUGCUCGGCAGGGAUAUAAAUGCAAAUAAGCAGCAGCGAGAGACAGCAGGAAUGAACAACAAUAGCAACAGACACUUCGAGCACAGAGCAAGAUACUCUUUUGAUCUUUCGAUAUUUUUCUACACUUAACAUAAGGGUCAGGAAGAUGGCCACCUCAGCAAGUUCAAAACUGAGUAAAGCUGUUAAGCAGCAAUACAUGGAUCUCCCUCAGCGAGAAAAAGUCCAAGCCAUGUAUAUAUGGAUAGAUGGAACAGGAGAGGGACUGCGAUGCAAGACCAGAACUUUAGAUUUUGAACCAAAAUCUAUUGAUGAUCUUCCCGAGUGGAACUUCGACGGUUCCAGCACGCACCAGUCAGAGGGCUCCAACAGCGACAUGUACCUUAUACCUGCAGUCAUGUUCAGGGACCCAUUCAGAAAGGACCCCAACAAGCUGGUCCUCUGUGAGGUGCUGAAGUACAACCGCAAGCCAGCAGAGACCAACUUGCGGUGUAGCUGUAAACGGAUCAUGAGGAUGGUGGAAAACCACUACCCAUGGUUUGGCAUGGAGCAGGAGUACACCAUCCUUGGUACAGAUGGACAUCCCUUUGGCUGGCCCUCCAAUGGGUUCCCAGGUCCACAAGGGCCUUAUUAUUGUGGAGUUGGUGCAGAUAAGGCAUAUGGACGGGACAUAGUGGAGGCCCAUUACAGAGCCUGUCUGUACGCUGGGGUUCAGAUCUGUGGAACCAAUGCUGAAGUCAUGCCAGCACAGUGGGAGUUCCAGGUUGGACCCUGUGAAGGUAUCAACAUGGGAGACCAUCUUUGGGUUGCUCGCUUCAUCCUGCACAGAGUCUGUGAGGAUUUCGGCGUGGUGGUGUCCUUUGACCCCAAACCUAUCUCAGGGAACUGGAACGGCGCUGGCUGUCACACCAACUUCAGCACAAAGGAGAUGCGUGAGGAGGGAGGACUCAGAGUCAUUGAGGAGUCCAUCGAAAGGCUGGCAAAGAGACACAUGUAUCACAUCCAGGCUUAUGAUCCUAAAGGUGGGCUGGACAACGCCAGACGCCUAACUGGUCAUCACGAAACCUCAAACAUUGAUGAAUUCUCAGCUGGCGUGGCCAACCGCAGCGCCAGCAUCCGCAUCCCCCGUUCGGUGGGACACGAGAAGAGUGGCUACUUUGAAGAUCGUCGUCCGUCCGCAAACUGCGACCCUUACAUGGUCACAGAGGUGCUGGUGCGCACCUGUUUGCUCAAAGAAGAAGGCAGUGAGCCCACAGACUACAAUAAAUGAGUGAUCUACAAGGAAGUGUCACUAUAUUUACUGUAUUUGGUCAUGUGUCUAUUUUAAGACUCCAUAGAAAGACUUUACUUGUCUUAAUUUGCUAUCCCUGCAUUGAGUUGUGUGCAUCAACUGACACAAACACUGACUUCUAUGAACACCGGGUUUUGUUACAGUGUUAAGUGAUCAUUUCUAUAAAUGUACGCUAUUAUUGUCUGUUUAACUUGUACUAAUCUAAACUGUUAAAGUGCCUCAGCUUUUUGCUGUAGCCCUUUAUAAAACAGCCAAAAAAUCCCGAAGGCAUUUGAAUGUUUUCUGUUGCAGUCUGUCACGUCUUGGGUAGGUUGUAACAGAUUUCCUUUCUAUAGGCUUUUAUAGGCAUGUUUGCUUUCUCUUUCUUUUUCACGAGUUAUUAACGCUGGAAUAAAUUGCUACUGUUUUUACAUUA